AUGGACUCGGCGCCUAUGAGCGACAUUGAGACUGCCAGUUCGGCGUCUUCGGACACCGCAGGUGUCGGGCUAUCCGACCCUCAGGACGCCUCUUCGCAACGCCGGCGCCGUAUGCUUGACUUAGUCAAUAGGCUGCACAGUACUGGCGUACAGACGGAGAUUGACCUCCCUAUGAUUGCCGUCAUUGGCAAUCAGAGCGCGGGCAAAUCCUCUCUCAUCGAGUCGAUCUCCGGUAUCACCUUGCCGCGGGCCAGUGGUACAUGCACAAGAUGCCCCACAGAGUGCCGGCUUGCAUACUCCACGCAACCAUGGCAAUGCAGCAUCACGCUACGCUUCAUGAACAAUGAGCGGGGUGAACCCUUGGGCCAAGUCAAGAACGUACCCUUCGGCCCGACCAUCUUUAAUAAGGCGGAAGUUGAAGAACGACUCCGGCGAGCCCAGCGUGCCAUUCUCAACCCCGCCAAAGAAGCUCGGAUCUAUCUCGACGGGGCGGACGAAGAUGCAGACGACUCGCAAGUGUCCUUUUCCAAGAACAGUAUUUGCCUGCAGAUCAGUGGCAAGGACCUCGCCGACCUCUCAUUUGUCGACUUGCCUGGCCUCAUCGUGAGCGUCCGGGCUACCGGCAGUGAUUCCGACAUCAAGUUGGUCGAGAAUCUGGUCGAGAGCUACAUCAAGUCGCCGAGCUGCUUGAUAUUGUUGACAGUAACUUGCGAGACCGACUUUGAAAAUCAAGGAGCGUAUUCCAUGGCGAAGCUUCACGACCCUGAAGGCAAACGAACGAUCGGUGUCCUUACGAAACCCGACAAGAUCGACUCCGGUGACGAGGAUCACUGGCUUUCAUUCAUCAGGAACGACAGCGAGCCGUUAGUCAACGGCUGGUACGCUGUCAAACAGCCCAACACAGAAUCUUUAAAGGCGGGAAUCUCUUGGAAGGAGGCUCGCGUGAAAGAAGACUUGUUCUUCUCCACCCAGUACCCUUGGUCGGAUCUCGAGGCCGAAUAUCAGAAACAUCUGCGGACCAGCAAUUUGGUGCCACAAUUGAGUACGACACUAUCUGACCUCAUCGCCAAAAGUCUUCCAAAGAUUCGCGAAGAGCUGCAGAAGGGAUUGCAGAAAACUGACGCCUCCCUGUUGGCACUGCCAUUGCCUCCCUCCAGCGAGCCGGUCGCAGAGAUCUACACUCUGCUCAGCACGUUUUCUGGUGACAUCGCGCAUGAAAUCGCAGGGACUCCCGACGAGUAUGGUCUCAUCCAGGCGAUCCGUCCUCUGCACGAAAAGUUCCGCCGAGACAUACGUGCAACGGUCCCUCGUUUCGUUCCAUACUCCAAGAAGGAAGCAGCCUCAAGGGAGAGGUCUCUGCAAGACCCUGCUUUCCUUGAGGCCGAAGAAGGUCGCGUGGAGGUUCCUCCAAACGAUGGCACCGAGAUCUUCAUCGAUGACGUUAUGCGGCGCGCUUCGCAAGCAGUUUCGCGUGAAUUCCCCGACCACUGCCCGUUCGUAGUAACUCACCACUACGUCCGCGGGUUCACUAGCAAGUGGCAACAACCGGUCGAUGAAUUCCUGGAGGAAGUGGAUACCAUCAUAACGGAACACGCAAAAGCCAUCGUAAAACGCCAUUUCUCGCAAUAUCAAUACGGCGGCCUACAAAGCGUAGUGAACACUAUCGUCUGCGAGCACAUUCAGAAGUGCCUCGAGGAGACACGCCAAAAGCUCAUGUGGCUUCUGGAGCUUGAGGACCCGCCGCUAACCCUGAAUAAUCACUACUAUACGGAUUACAAGGACAAGUUCCUGACUUACUAUCGGAGCAUCGCGAACAAGAAGAAUUCAGCGCUGGCAGAUCAACUCCAAAAAUGGACGGCCCCGAAAACUGGAUUCGUGACCGAUACUUUCCAGGAUGGCGUCGCUCAAAUGCUCGGCGCCGCACCAAAGAUUGGUUUCGAUGGCUUGAAGGCGACGGACUUGGUUCGCCUGCUGCCGAUUAAUGCCGAGGAGCGAGCCUUCAAGAUCAUGGCCGAGGUCAGGGCUUACUACCAAGUCGCAUAUAAACGAUUCAUCGAUAUUGUCCCACUGGCGGUCGACCACGGCCUCGUACGUGGGCUGGAACGGGGAUUGCAAAAGGUACUUUUCGACGGCCUUGGAGUGGGCGGUCCGGAAGGGUUCAAGAACUGCAAGAUGCUGCUGCAGGAGCCACCACUGACGGCCACGCGUCGCGAGGAGUUGUCUAAAAGGCGCGAGAGACUUCUGCUAGCGAAGAAGGAGCUGAUCGAGCUUCGAUUGUGA